AUGACAGCAGCUCGGGCGCACAAAAACGAAAGAACAGAGGCCAUUCCCGUUGCGAAAGCUGAUGUGAAGAGCUUUCUCUCUGGUGUCGCAAACCAGAUAACGGUAAAAAUCUGGGAGCAACCUGAGGGCCACCCUUAUCACCUGUACAACUUGGACCCCAAGCUUCAAAGAAGAAUCCCUUGGAGCACACCUCGAAACCAACUUUCAGUUUAUUUCAAACUUCGCCUUGGGGCCGCCCGGACUGGCCGCCAACGCUACAAGUACAAGCAGCGAGAUUCCCCAAACUGCGCGACUUGCCAUACCGAGGACACAAUCGAACAUGUACUCGUUAACUGCAAACGAUACGAGAAAGAGCGUGUGAUCCUCACUAAGGAACUGAAUCUUCUGGAUGACCAACCAAUGACCAUGCGAAAGCUAGGGGCCCGCGCGUCCCUGUGCUGCGACGAAUUCAUGGGCGUUCUGGAACCUCUGGAGGCUCGAGGCGAGGCGUUCGAAGUGGGCCGAAUCUUCCAGCAGCUCUCCACGGACAUGACGGUGCGCUCCCUUUUCGGCACUCAGACCCACCAGCAGCUGGGUCGAGAAGGAAUGGAAGUUGUUAGGCGGGAGCUUCGGAUUUUCAUCGACUCCCUGGUCAGCGACUGGCAAACAGUGAUCGUUGAUCUGGACAUUCAGAGGGCGAAGACACAGCCUAUCUUCAGUGACAAAGAAAUCCGAGCGAAUCUAUUCGCCACAUUAGUUGACGGGUUUGAGACCAUCAGCGCGGCAAUGACUUUUAUGGCUUACAUCUUGGCAAAACAUCAAGAUGUGCAAGAUAAGCUAAGAACUACAAUCAUUAAAGCCCUCGAUAAAAACGUGGAGUCCUACGUGGAGACUAUCCUCAGAAUUGAAUACUUGGACCAAGUGACGUUGGAGGCACUUCGGCUCUACCCUCCCGUGGCCGGAUUUAUCACGAGAACCUGCGAAAAAGACUAUCACUAUAAGGGUCUGAAGAUUCCUAGCGGGAUGACUAUUUUGAUUCCGGUGCACCAACUGCACUACGACCUCAACCUCUGGAACCAACCUGAAGCCUUUGACCCGGACAGAUUCAGCGCUUGUAACAAGAGAAUCUUGAACUCCGUGCAGUACCAAGCAUUCGGAAAUGGACCACGGCGCUGCAUGGGCAUGCGUUUUGCUCAGCUGGAAUUGAAGAUCGCAUUUGCCAAGAUCUUGGCAAACUACAGCUUGUUUCUCGACGAGAGGCACAUUGGGGAGGAUCAACUUAAACUGAAGACUUCGUUCAUCUUUGCCAAUCCUCGCGAUGGUGUUUGGAUCAAGCUCAAGAAGGUUUCCCGCCAGUCUUGCGACAACAAAGCAUCGUGA